CUCUCAAACCAACUAAUUUACAUUAGCCACAUAAACUAGCUUUCGUAUUGUUUCACAACAACUAACAAUGGCAAGUUCUAGAUCAUCUCUUCUGCAGUUGCUUCGUCUAUUAGAUGGCCAUGACACUGAAACCGACACUGAUGACGAACUGGUGGAGCCACAACCCCGACACUCGCCCAAUUCCAAUGCUGUUGCUCCUCAGCGACAUGACACGUCACAGGACCAGUUCCUUGCCUCGUUUAACAACACAGGAACACAAAACAUGAAAGGUCUUAUAAACAACUCUGGUUACACCAAAGGCAAUGGUAAUGGAUCCAUCAUCUUUGGUGGCUUUGACUCUUCCAAUAGACGGUAUAAUUAUUAAUCUUGUACACAUCAAAAUGAUGUAAUCUUCUCUAACAUAUAGUGGAGCAAGUAAGAUCUCUAAUAUAGUUAAAUAAAAUAGUGAGGUUUUAAUACCUCAUCUCUUAAUAAGUAUCUAUACUUAUAUCUGUUUCUGUCUCCUGUAGUAUUCUAAUAAGAGUAUAUAUAUGAUGAUUAAAUCUUAAA